AUGGCUUCCCAUAGCGCUAGCAGUGGCCCUGCCGAUGCCGCAAUCAGCGGCCGCGAGAGGGUCUUCUGCCACAACUGCGAGAAUGAAUGGUUCCGGGAUGUCAGCGGCCUCAUAUGUCCUCGGUGCGAUAGCGACAUAACCGAGAUUAUUGACCCCGAAAAUGACCCCCGCCAGUUCCACGAUGGACAGUCUCUUUCGUCGGGUGAUGGGAUGCCGCACCUCCGCCGAGCCGCCGACACCGACUCAGACCCGGAGGAGGCCGAUAUAGAGGAACAUGUCCAUCACGGGCCCCCUGGAUUUCACGUCCAUCGCACCAUCUGGAAUCACGGCGGACGCGGUGGGGACCCCCAUGGCCGCAGCUCCAGCUCGAACACGAGAGAUCGCAGCCAACCGCCCGACCCCAGCGACACGGACCAAAUUAUGUUUCGGUUCUUCGACAUGCUCAACACGUUUGGCGCUGGGCUCGGGUCCGGGCCGGCGCCUCGGCCUGCACAAGAGGACGACCCCUAUACACCCAGGCGUAAUUUCCGCAUGCCCGGUCCGACGUUCGGCAGCCCUGGAGGCCAGGUGAGGACGUUCACAACGAGAUCGGGCAACGGUGGGUUUACGAGCUUCACCAUCGCCACGGGACCCGUGCAUAUCGGUGGUGGCGGUCGUCGUGCCGCCGGUGAAUCGGGGAAUGAUGAGUUUCAAGCCGUCUUCGGUGACAUCCUGGGCGGAGUGGGUCCUCCGAACCCCGAAGGCAACAACCAGCCUGGGUCGGAACAGGGGCAGCCCCGGAACCCGGCCGAAAACUUGGCGAUCAGCCUUCAUCAGAUCCUGAACCUCCUAUCUCCGGCAACGGCUCGUCAUGGUGAUGCUGUGUAUACGCAGGAAGCGCUCGACCGCAUCAUCUCGCAAAUGAUGGAACAAAACCCUCAGUCGAACGCGGCACCGCCGGCUUCGGAAGCAGCCAUCAGCAAGUUGGAGCGGAAGAAGGUGGACGAUGCACUGUUGGGGCCCGAGGGCAAGGCCGAAUGUACCAUCUGCAUCGACGAACUGAAUAAAGGGGACGAGGUUGUGUUCCUCCCGUGCAAGCACUGGUUCCACGAGACAUGCGUGGUCAUGUGGCUUAAGGAGCACAACACUUGCCCGAUAUGCCGUUCUCCGAUUGAAGAGAGCAAUAAUAACAACAACAACAACAACAACAACAACAACAACAACAACAACAACAACAACAACAACAAUAACAACAACAACAGGAACAACGGCAGUUCUGGCGACUCUGCCGCCGGGCCGUCCAACUCGGGGACCGGCCCUCCCCCACCUGGCGGGGCUGGCGGGUGGAACGGCAUGCCUUGGGGAUUUCCGUCAGCUGGAGCAGGCCCGGCCCCGCAACCGUCCAGUCGAAUGCAAGGGCCGCACGUAUACCGGUGGUCUUUCCAGUUCCCGCCGAGGUCUACUCCGGACGGUCCUGAGGCGAACCCGUGGUCAGCAAGCCAGCGGCACAUGUCUCGAGACUCGGGCCCCAGAGCCAACCCCGAGACGUCACGCAGCCGGCGGAACUCGAUGUCGCCGCCUUACGAAUCGCCACCCAACCGAGCGCGGCAGCGUAGUCCGACGCCGAGCAGCUGGAGGCGGGAAGGGGCGCAGACGACGGGACGCUCGCAGAACCAGAGCCAGGGCCCGUUGGGCUGGAUCAGGAACCGGUUUUCACGGGCAUCGGGGUCUGGAGAUGGGGAUGCGACGGAGCGGAGAUGA